CGUAAAAGAAGAAGCAUUAUCACGACAAUGCUUCUAAGGUGUUUAGUUUUACUUCUAUCGGUUGGUCAUAUACUUGCAUCUGAUUCAUGGCGUAAACCCGGUUGUCAUCGAAUUGGACACACUAGAAACAUUAGCAUACCGGAUUGUGUUCAAUUCAAAAUUACAACGAAUGCUUGCCGCGGAUUCUGCGAAUCGUGGUCACUACCUAGCAUCAUGCUGGGCUUCAAGCGACAUCCUGUUACCUCUCUCGGCCAGUGCUGCAAUAUUAUGGAGGCUGAAGAUGUCCCAGUAAAAGUCCUAUGCUUGGACGGUGAAAGGAAAUUAAUAUUCAAAUCCGCAGUCUCCUGUGCAUGUUAUCAUUGCCAAAAAGAAUAAUACGUAUAUACUUAUAACUGAAAACAUGUCUUCUAUACGUGC